AUGGCUGGUAUCAGCCCUCAGAUCACCAACCUCAUCAUCAUGUUGGGAAUGAUGCAGGUGUCGAAGCGUGUCCCCUUUGACGACCCUUCGGUCCUCGACUUGAUUCGCAUCGGCUACGUUUCCAGCAAUGUCAUCAUUGGCCUGAUCUACGUCUACGUCCAAUUCCAGAUCAACAAGAAGAAGGACAUGACGACGCUCAAGUACGUCGAGCCCGCUCCCGUCGGCUCCAGCGAGGAGCCCAAGCUCGUCACCACGACCAUCCACGCAUAUGACAGCCAGCAGGUCAAGACUGCCUUCCGCGGCCAGCUCAUGGGUCUCGCCAUGAUGUCCUUCAUGCACAUCUACCUCCAGUACAACAACCCCCUCCUGAUCCAGAGCAUCAUCCCCCUCAAGACGGCCCUCGAGAACAACCUUGUCAAGAUCCACCUCUACGGCCAGCCGGCCUCUGGCGACCUCAAGCGCCCCUUCAAGUCCGGCGGCGGCUUCAUGAGCGCCAUGCAGGGUGGCGGUGUCCAGAGCGACAGGAAGGCCAUCGAGACUGCCGAGAGGGCCGGCCGUGGCGGUGCCAAGGAGGAGUAA